CUGGAAUGGAUAGGAGAAUUUGCCGAAAACACUCAGCGGCUCAGGCAGCUCCAGUCGAGGAAAAUUAAUCUGCGUCCUUUUUUAAAAAUUGUUUUAUACCUAACUUAACGAACUGAUUUUUUUUUUAAAAAAGAGACUGGUCAAGGAGAGAGUGCGUCUAACAUCAGUGAUAGAUGUGAAAUGUUUAUUCCCAGGGAGAUGGCCACAGGAAGGCGGGUGAGAUUUUGAUCGAGAAGGCAGUGCAAUGCACAACGUGAGCAGCUGCUGAUCACCUUUCCCUUCGGUCAUGGCGGCGGAGGAGGAGGAGGUGGAACCGGGACCGGGACCGGGACUAGCCGACAAGGAGAUGGCCCAGAGCCUGCACACCCUGCUCCACGCGCUCAGCCGCUUCCACCGGCAGCUUAAUGUUGGAGAUGAUGUUUUAAAUAUUACUAUUGAUCUACGCAAGCUUCAGAGUCUGCCAGCACAUCUCAACCCAGGGUACCUUAGUAGCUUACUCCAACAACAUAUCCUUGAUUUACAGUGUGUUUCAGAUAAGCUGAAAUUAAUGACGAGAAAAGACCUAUCUGGGAGUGGAAACAGAGGAGAGACUAUGCUGCUGAUAAAACCUGAUAAUUAUUCCAAUUUAGCAAUGACUGGCCAUAAGCAAAUUUCAAAUAAACCGAUUAAUCUAAAAACAAAAGUAUUUCUAAAUGAUGCUCAAAACAAGUAUGAAGGACAAGACGAACCAAAAAGCCAGACUGAUACAGAAUUGGUUCAAAUCAAGGCAAACAGAGAUGAAAUUGAAAGACGAAUUUCCGCAUUCAUGGAGAGAAAGCAGGCAGAGAUUAAUGAAAAUAACAUCCGUGAAUUCUGCAAUGUUAUUAAUUGUAAUCAAGAAAAUAGCUGUGCUAGAACAGAUGCAGUCUUCACACCGCAUCCUGGUUUCAAAAGUCAUAUAAAAGUUUCAAGAGUUGUGAAUACGUAUGGGCCCCAGACAAGGACUGAAGGUGUGGAAGCAUCUCUGCAAAAAUGUGAAACUAUGACACAAAAUUGUGGUAACCCUGCUGUUGAAGAGAGGCUUCACAAUAUGGAAACUCACUUGAAGCUUCCAACAGAUGGUCCAGUUCCAAUUGAUAUUUAUCAAAGGAUCAAGAGGCUGGAAGAUAGAAUUCUUCAUUUGGAAGGUCUUUCUCCAGAAUAUUUUCAACAUGUGAAUUUUCCAAGCAAAAGGCGUAAAGUUCAUGAAACAAUUCAGGGCUACAGUCUGAUAGAAAUUGAUGAGAAGAUUAAUGAACUGAAGGCAGUGCUGUUGCAGAAAGCAAAUGACCAGACUCUACCAACAGAAGCUGACAAGAUGCCUAUGAAAUGAAAGCCUGCUGAAGUGAUUCCAUUGUCAUUCAAAUGCUGCUAUCUGAAGUCCGUAGUCUGGAUUGGAAAUGUUAGUUUGGCUCUUAUAAAGUUAUUUGCUCGUUCUAGUUCUCCGAUAAAUGGGAAAAGCAGCCAUUACUCUUCAGAAGUGGUCAGAAUAGUGGAGUCUUAGAAAUAUUUGUAUCACAGUACUCAGAAUAAACAGAAUUUGUGUUGUGGCA